UUUUGAUAUCACUUAAGUCCGCGUUGCAUGUUGUUUUCUUUCCGUCUCGUUCGAUUGAUGUGUUUCCUUUUUCUGUAAACCUUAAUACGUUUUAGAAGUUUUGAGACAAAAACUUCCUCAACUUUUUUAGUGACAUCGACUACAAAAAAGAUCAUGCCACAAGAAAUUAAAGAAAUCAAAGAUUUCCUCCUGAAGGCCAGAAGGAAGGAUGCCAAAUCUGUCAAGAUUAAGAAGAACAUUGAAAAUGUCAAAUUCAAGGUCCGUUGUUCUCGAUUCCUUUAUACCUUAGUAAUCACAGAUAAGGAAAAGGCAGAGAAACUUAAACAAUCAUUGCCACCUGGUCUUCAAGUGAAGGAGAUCAAAUGUAAAAAAAUGAACACUGAUGAUAAAGAGAAAAAAUGAUAAGGUUGCUUGUGGAUUAACGUUUAUAUAAAAUAUAAUUAACUUUAUUACAUGUAAA